UGGUCUGGGCCAGGUGUUCUGAAGCAGCCCCCACUACACACACACAGAGAGGAACCCACACACCUGCACCCCAGCCACAGCCCUUGCUCACUGAGUCAGCUCCACCGGCCAUGAGGCUGUCACUGCUGCUACUGCUGCCGCUGCUUGGGGCCUGGGCCAUCCCAGGGGGCCUCGGAGAUGAGGCCUCACUCACUGCCACUGCCCCUGAGCUGGACGAUGAAGAGAAGUUCUCAACUCACAUGCCAACUCACCUGCGAUGUGAUGCCUGCAGGGCGGUGGCCUACCAGAUGUGGCAACAUCUGACAAAAGCUGAGGCCAAGCUUCUCCCACUGGACUCUGGGGGCCGUCGUGAGCUGAGCGAGUCAGUAUACACAGACGUCCUGGACCAGAGCUGCUCUCAGACCUGGCAGGGCUAUGGAGUUGGAGAAGUGGACCAGGUGAAACGUCUCAUGGGCCCAGGACUGAGCCCAGGGGCACAGCCGAGCAUCAUGGUGAUGAUCAUGGAGGGGCUGUGGCCCACCAGGCUCUCCAAGACCUGCUUCCACUACCUGGGCGAGUUUGGAGAAGACCAGAUCUAUGAAGCCCACCAACAAGGUCGAGGGACCCUGGAGGCGCUGCUGUGUGGAGGCCCCCGGGGGGCUUGUUCAGAGAAGGUUCCAGACACAAGGACAGAGCUCUAGUCCAACUCCUCCUUCCCACUCAGCCCCUGAAGAGAGCUGGCCUCCCUCUUGAUCUGCCUCCCUCCUUUCUGCAGGCGGCCUGCAGGGCGGGUGCAGGGAGGCCUCCCUCCUCCAGCCUUGGGGGCCUGGGACGUGGCCAGGGCCUUUCCCUCUGGGCUCAAAUAAAACCAGUGAGCUCCA